AUGGCGGCUUACCGAGUCACUGCGGCGAUCUUCGUCGGAGCAGCACUGGUAUUGCUUCUUUGGUUUCUCUCAGGUUUCACUAACGACCGUUUCGCCAUGGGACUAAGCUCGCGGAGCUCUGAAAUAGGGCUUAACAACACUCUCACUGUAACUCACCGCAAGCUUCUUGGUGCCAAAGAUCAAGUGGAGGAACCAAACCGAAUUAGGGGAGAUAACUACUGUACGAAGUCGGAUAUAUUGAUAAACCAAGGCCCCACAGCCCCACUCCCAAGUGGCAUACCCACCUACACAGUUGAAAUCAUGAACGUGUGCGUCACGGGCUGCAACAUGUCUAGGAUUCACCUCAACUGUGGCUGGUUCAGCUCGGCCAAUCUCAUCAACCCAAAAGUCUUCAAACGCCUCAAGUAUGGUGACUGUCUUGUUAACGACGGCAAUCCCUUGAUCAACGGUCGUACUAUCUUCUUUCAGUAUGCCAAUACUUAUCCCUACCCACUAUCAGUUUCCUCGGUUUCCUGCAGUUAGUCACAGUUUCGGCUGGCU